AUGUGGAAGUGGAUACCAUGCAAUAGUGGCGCUGGCUGGCCCUGGGUGCUGCGCGGCCCGUUCGUCUUCUCCCGGCCUUUAGAGGGCCGCGCGUUUGCACCGUGUCUGUGCGGAAGCCUCAGCGCUGGCCUGGCCCCGGGCCCCUUUGCGCUGGUGGGGGAAAGCAGUGGGUUUAGGAACAACCAUUUUUGUUUGGUGUUUGCACCUUCCCUCCUCUUCCCCAGGUACUGGGCCAACUUGAAGCUCUGGUUCAAGCAAAAGAUCAGUAAGGAGGAGUUUGACCUGGAAGCACGCAGGCUUCUCACGCAAGACAAUGUCCACUCUCACAAUGAUUUCCUCCUGGCUAUUCUUACCCGAUGCCAGAUCCUGGUUUCUGCACCAGAAGGUGCUGGAUCUCUGCCAUGGCCAGGUGGCUCUGCAACUAAACCUGGAAAACUCAAAGGGAAGAAAAAGAUUUCUUCGGUUCGACAAAAGUUUGAUCAUCGGUUCCAGCCUCAGAAUCCGUUGUCUGGAGCCCAGCAAUUUGUGGCAAAGGAUCCUCAGGAGGAUGACGAUUUGAAGCUGUGUUCUCAUACCAUGAUGCUUCCUACACGUGGCCAGUUAGAAGGAAGGAUGAUCGUAACCGCCUAUGAGCACGGGCUAGACAAUGUCACAGAGGAGGCAGUGACUGCAGUUGUUUAUGCUGUGGAGAACCAUCUUAAGGAUAUUCUGACGUCUGUGAUAUCCAGGCGGAAAGCCUAUCGUUUGAGAGAUGGCCAUUUCAAGUACGCCUUCGGAAGCAAUGUUAACCCUCAGCCAUAUCUGAAGAACAGUGUUGUUGCUUAUAACAAUUUAAUUGAGUGCCCUCCGACCUGCGUGACACCUUCUGCUGGUCAGAGUCUAGCUCCCCAGCCCCCGCCUGAUGAUGCCGAGCAGCAGGCAGCUCUGCUCCUAGCAUGCUCUGGAGACACCUUACCAGCAUCCCUCCCACCAGUGAACAUGUAUGACCUUUUUGAGGCCUUACAGGUGCACAAAGAAGUUAUUCCUGCGCACACCGUCUACGCUCUAAACAUUGAGAGAAUUGUCAUGAAACUUUGGCAUCCAAACCAUGAGGAACUACAGCAGGAUAAAAUCCAUCGCCAGCGCCUGGCGGCAAAGGAGGGCCUUCUACUCUGCUAGAGCUGGGCAGCCAUGUCAGCCCUCAGAUGGCUACAGUGCUGUUCCUUCAACUUGUGACAUUCAGAUGCUUCUUACAAACCUGUGUCAGCAUUUCAAGGAUGACGUGAACUUCUGAUGAAAAACUCUGAGAAAACCAAGAGAAGCCAAAAAGGGAAAGGUCCUUUCUAGCCUGUCUUUUGAACUGUUUUGCAUCACAAAACAUGACGGUGCGUGCUGUCGUAGGAAUCUCUCACCAGUUACUAAAAUACACAAUAAAAUCAGGGUUAUGAGUAAUGUUUUCCUAUCAGCCUAGUCCUUGACUCAACCCUGUCUUGUAGCAGUUGUGAGCAGAUGUUCUAGGAGUUGUUGGACCUAUGACGAGAAGACAACCUCUGUGCCUGUCAGUACAGGUAACGAUUUAGCCCUCCCAGCAGGCAGCUUGACCAUCCCUGUGGUGGGAUAGCAACUGCCAAGUAUAUACACCAACUCACUGUCUUAGUGUUGCAGACUCCUUGGAUUUGCAGCAUCAACAAGAUGUCUUGUAUUAUUCAUCAUAAAAAAAAAAA